ACAUGAGUGCCCAUCAUAAUGGCAACAGUUUCCAUCUUAAAGAUCUAAAAAAAUGAUUUGGGAAUGUCCGGCGGGCCAGAUUGAAAAGCUUCAUUUGCCCAGGUUUGUUUUAGACUGUUGAAGUUUGAUUGUUUGCACCAGAAGGAAAGAACCUCUAGGGCAGGGUUGUCCACACUCAGACAUGUUUUUUCAUAUUUCGUAACAGCCGCUCAGUGAGUCAUGUUUCUUUGACUCCAAGUACUUUGCAGUCUACGUUUACACCAGUGUGGGUGACACUGGGAGCAAAGUGGGUACGGUGUCUUGCCCAAGGACACAAUGGCAGUGAUCAGGCUGGCAAAAGCUGAAUUCCAACCGAGAGCCCUCAAGUUUCUGCUUGCCAUCAGAGCCCCAGCGCCCCAGGGGGCUCUGCUUGUGAAGAGGACGAGACUUGCCACAUUCCACACGCCAAACAAGAACAACAUGUCGGUGAAGAGCAACACUCCCAACCUCAGCCAGUCCCAGGCCGCAGAACUCGUGAAGAAACGCUACAACCUGACUGCCUCUGAAGUCCGCUUUCUGCCCGCCUGGGAAGACCAGAACCUUCACGUGGUGACUGAGGAAGGAGGGCAGUUUGUGCUGAAGAUUAUGAACUCCAAGGACAGUAAGAAGCCCGCCGUUGUCGAGGUGCAGACUUACGCCAUGAACUUCCUGCGGGAGAAGGGACUUCCUACUCAGAAUACCCUGAAAACAACCACAGGACAGGUCAUGUUCCUGGAAGACAUCGAUUGUGGCCAUGGUCUACAGAAGUUCCUGGUGCGCCUCUUGACUUAUUUACCAGGGAUCCAAAUAGCCAAGGCUCCUUUCUCACCACAACUGCUCUAUGAUGUGGGCCAAUCAGCAGCCAGGAUGGACCUGGUCCUCAAAGAGAUGAAACAUCCUCAACUGUCAGUGUUGCAGAGGGACGACUUAACUUGGAGUCUGUCAAACGUUCUUCUCCUGGAGGACUACAUGAACCUUCUAGAUGGACAUCCUCUCCAGGCGGGCGUGAGGACGGUUCUCCAUCAGUACAAGAACUAUGUGGCCCCUAAAUACUCUGCUUUCCGCAAGUGUGUGAUACACGGCGACCUAAAUGAUCUCAAUGUGCUGGUCCAAGCUGACGAGAGCAAGGCUUACAAGAUUUCCGGUAUCAUUGAUUUUGGGGAGAUCCACUUUGGCUAUUACGUGCAUGAGCUGGCCAUCACCAUCAUGUACAUGAUGCUGGAACACCCUAAACCCAUUGAGGUGGGCGGAGCUAUCUUAGCCGGCUGGGAAAGUAUCUUUCCUCUCAACAAGACGGAGAAAGAUUGUCUGUUUUGGUUGGUUCUGUCCCGUUUCUGCCAGACCUUGGUGCUCUCCAAGCACGCUGUGACCCUGCAGCCUGAAAAUGAGGAAUAUCUGAUGUACACGUCCAAGAACGGCGUUCGGAUUUUACUGGAACUUUUAAAGGUGGGGAAGGCGCAGGUGGAGAAGGUGUGGUUCAAAACUGCUGCUGACCUCAAUCACAAAAAGACAGAAAUAAUUAACUGAGUCAUGUAUAACCAGUAUAACGAUAACCCAUGUAUAACCUCCACAUGCAUGCAUGAACUCCGUAAUAUCUAUUCAUCUUUUUACGAACAAGAAAUUGCACACAACAUUGUAAUAGAGACAAACGUGUAACAAAUAUCAUUGUCCAUAUUUCUAAAUAAAUGACGAAAAUGGAAUGCUGAUGGGUCGCCACAAGGCACACCGUAAAAAUGGGGAAAUUGUAAAAAGCUGGGGAAGGAUGAGUAAGAAAAUACAAUCCAGACUUGGCUCCUAAGGAGGUCCAGUCUGGAGUGGGAAAAAACCUCCAUAGCAAAGCACA